CCUAAGCAGUUUGUAUCACCUCGGGACUGUCUUUUUCUCUUGCCGUAUUCGGUUAUAUUAUCGUGGAAGUCGUUGUCCGGCUGGAAUUCUGUGAGAAAAGGGAUUUGGUGUUGAAUAAGUGACUUUGUAAGACUGUUUUGCGGUGAGAAAUGGCCACGAUAACGUCCCAGGAGGCACCUCAUCUCCAGCAAAUCGACCUGACCAAGUGCAAUGUCGAUCAACUGAUGUUGCUGAAGCGACAACUUGACACGGAAAUCGAGGUGUUUCAGGACUCCAUUCGAAGGUUAAAGCUGGCCCAAAAUAAGUUCCAACAGUCUGGACAUUGUCUCGAUAAAGUUAAUGCUGAGAUCAAAGGAAAAGAAAUUCUCGUUCCUCUCACAGAAUCAAUGUACGUGCCGGGAAGAGUAUCAGACACCGAGAAUGUCCUCGUAGACGUUGGAACUGGUUAUUUCAUUGAGAAACCUGUGGACGAUGCGAAGGAUUAUUUCAAGCGUAGAGUAGCGUAUGUCACCGAACAAAUAGAAAAAAUUCAAGUUCUGGCGACGGAGAAGCUGAAUAUCUGCACUGCCACUAUGGAGGUCAUAAGAAUGAAGAUUCAGGGACAGGAGCAGAAGGCAGGGGCAUAAAAUCAUCACAAAUGAUUUAGAAUUCAAUUUUUCUAUAUCAAUGGCCUCGAUCAUUCGUCCAUAAUGGAUUAAAAUUUAUUUUGCCAAAACUCAGGAUUCUUCAUUACAUUUUUUAGAGAAAAUUGUUUUGCCACAUUUGAUUAAGCGAAUUUAUUAAAAUCCAAUCAUGGUUUUAUCUACUAUAUGCAUUUUAUAACGUUCAAAUGUCGUUUAUUAAAUAUACUACAGUA